CCAACGACUCUAAUUACCCGACCAGUCUCUCAGCAAUCAAUAACUGAAAAUAUCUAUUUUUAUUCUUUAACUUGAAUCUCGAAUUAAAAAAAACUGUGUGAUUACAACAUUAAAUAUUGUAGCUUUCCCCUUCUUUUUCCACCUUCCUUCGUCCCUCAAGUUUUUCUCUUUUCCUUUUAAAUCAGAUUCCUAAUCCAUAUCCAUUCUCUUCAGUCUUCUCUUUCCACCCUUCUCUGAGAUUACUGUUUCGUUGGAUGAAGAACAUAGAGAGUCAAAGCUUCUGUCUUUAAUGGGCAAUUCAUGCCGCCGAUCUUCCAAAGACAAAAUCCACCAAGGCAAUAACAACAACACUAAGCCUGAAGACAGUAACUCCAAAUCCUCAGAUCGCUCUACAGAGAUCAUCAUUCCUCAAGAACUCCCCAAAGAAGCUCACAACAAGGAUCCAGCUCUCGUUAUCCCUCUAAAAGAACCAAUCAUGAGACGCAACAUGGACAACCAAGCCUACUACGUCCUCGGCCACAAGACCCCGAACAUCCGCGACCUCUACACGCUAAGCCGUAAGCUAGGACAAGGCCAGUUCGGGACAACUUACCUCUGCACGGAGCUCGCCACUGGGGUUGACUACGCUUGCAAGUCGAUAUCCAAGAGGAAGCUGAUCUCUAAAGAAGACGUUGAGGAUGUUAGAAGGGAGAUUCAGAUCAUGCACCAUUUGGCUGGUCACGGUAACAUUGUUACCAUCAAGGGAGCUUAUGAGGACUCUUUGUAUGUUCACAUUGUGAUGGAGCUUUGCGCUGGAGGGGAGUUGUUUGAUAGGAUUAUUCAGAGAGGGCAUUAUAGUGAGAGGAAAGCUGCUGAGCUGACUAAGAUCAUUGUUGGAGUUGUUGAGGCGUGUCAUUCUCUUGGUGUUAUGCAUAGAGAUUUGAAGCCUGAGAAUUUCUUGUUGGUUAAUAAGGAUGAUGAUUUUUCACUCAAGGCUAUUGAUUUUGGACUGUCUAUCUUUUUCAAACCAGGUCAAAUAUUCACUGAUGUUGUUGGGAGUCCAUACUAUGUUGCUCCUGAGGUUUUGCUCAAACGUUAUGGGCCUGAAGCGGAUGUGUGGACCGCUGGUGUUAUACUUUAUAUACUGCUAAGCGGAGUCCCACCUUUCUGGGCAGAAACACAGCAAGGGAUAUUUGAUGCUGUGUUGAAGGGAUAUAUUGACUUUGAUUCAGACCCGUGGCCUGUUAUAUCAGACAGUGCUAAAGACUUGAUCCGGAGAAUGUUAUGCUCCAAGCCUGCAGAGCGCUUGACAGCUCACGAAGUCUUGCGUCAUCCAUGGAUCUGUGAGAACGGUGUGGCGCCAGAUAGAGCACUUGAUCCAGCUGUGCUGUCACGUCUCAAGCAGUUCUCUGCAAUGAAUAAACUAAAGAAGAUGGCUUUGAAGGUGAUAGCUGAGAGCCUCUCUGAAGAAGAGAUUGCUGGUUUAAGGGAGAUGUUUCAGGCAAUGGAUACUGAUAACAGCGGUGCAAUCACGUUUGAUGAACUCAAAGCUGGACUGAGGAAGUAUGGAUCCACCUUGAAAGACACAGAGAUCCAUGAUCUAAUGGAAGCGGCUGAUGUGGACAACAGUGGGACAAUAGACUACAGCGAGUUCAUUGCAGCGACCAUCCAUCUCAACAAACUUGAACGUGAAGAACAUCUUGUGGCUGCCUUUCAAUACUUUGACAAAGAUGGAAGUGGCUACAUUACGAUCGAUGAGCUGCAACAAGCGUGUGUUGAACAUAGUAUGACUGAUGUUUUUCUUGAAGACAUCAUCAAAGAAGUUGAUCAAAACAAUGAUGGGAAGAUUGAUUAUGGUGAGUUUGUGGAGAUGAUGCAAAAGGGAAAUGCAGGUGUUGGGAGAAGAACGAUGAGAAAUAGUCUGAACAUUAGCAUGAGAGACGCCUAGAGGUUGUUUCUUUUCCCUUGUGUGUGUUUAAUCUGUUGACUUCAAAGGUGUGUUCUUGUUCAUGAGAUCAACACUCUCUAGAUGCUCACCACAUAUAAGGAGGAGGAGGAGGAGGAGGAGAAAGACCUGUGGAAGAUUGAGCUAAUGUUCAAUGACAUUGUGACUUAUUAGUUUUUCUUUACCUCUUUGUGGGUUGUUUGUGUGUUUGUUUUGUUAUGGCCAUUGAAGUUAGACCUUUGUUCAUCUUCAAACUUGUUCAAUCUUUGUAUCUCUAAAACGGAAAAUAUCUUUUUUAUGUUGUGUUUCUCUUUUCUAAGCAUGUUUACUUU